AGCAGAGAGGGAGCAGCAGCCUGCAGACUCCAGACACCACCAUGACCACAGCAGGGAUUUUGGUGCUCCUCUCCUUCGCGCUUUGCUGCGUCCCAGAUACUGCCUUUGGGAUUGAGGUGGACUGCAGUACAUACCCCAACACCACAAAUGAGGAGGGCAAAGAGGUGCUGGUCUGCAGCGAGGCCGUCAGCCCCAUCUGCGGCUCUGACGGCGUCACCUACGGCAAUGAGUGCCUGCUCUGUGCCUACAACGUAGAAUAUGGAACCAAUGUCAGCAAAGACCACGAUGGAGAAUGCAAGGAAGUUGCCCCUGUGGAUUGCAGCAGGUACCCCAACACAACCAGUGAGGAGGGCAAAGUGGUGCUGCUCUGCAGCAAAGACAUCAGCCCCGUCUGCGGCACCGACUGGGUCACCUACGACAACGAGUGCCUGCUCUGCGCCCGGAACCUAGAGGCUGGAACCAGUGUUGGCAAGAAGAGUGAUGGUGAAUGCAAGAAGGAAAUUGUCACAGUUGACUGCAGUGACUACCCCAAACCUGUCUGCUCACUUGACUACAUGCCCCUCUGUGGCUCUGACAACACAACAUACAACAAUAAGUGUAAUUUCUGCAAUGCAGUCAUGGACAGCAAUGGGACUAUCACUUUAAGCCAUUUUGGAAAAUGCUGAGACUCAGUGCUGAGAGAAUUCACCACAGAUCCCCAC